AUGUGGAGUGCGUUUAUGAACGGCUCGGGGCUGCAUGGUGGGGGCGGUGCUGGCGGGGGAUACGUCCCGUCUCAGGGAUGGGAGUUUGUGCCGUGCUCCAGGAUGGAUAGGGCAGAUAGAGGUAGGGGCAAAACCCGCAGUCCGCUGAGAAGGAUCUCCUCUCCGCCCACCGUCUUCAGUCAAAUCUACGAGCCACAGUUCGGUGCUUCACCGGGUGGAGGAGAAGGUGAACCAGGGACACAGCUUGAGAUCCUAAGGGGACAAAUGUGGCCGGGUCCCGAAGCCCAGCAGCAGCCGCAGCAGCAAACACAUCACACACGGCUUAAAAAGAAAUUUGAGGAUUUGAAAAAGCGACACGUACAGGACAAGGAAGAGUGGAUGCGUGAGAAGGAGUCAUUGUUGAGAGAAGUGGCUGACAUACAAGGAGGGGAGAACAGGAGGAUUCUGCUGGACCUGAAGACGGUUUUGGAGGAAGUGCAGGCAGAGGUGAAGAGAGAGGAGGAGAAGAGGAGUGAGCUCCAGCUGCAGUACACCAGAGACAGAUGUGCCUGGGAACUGGAGAAGGCUGAGCUCAAAUGCAGGAUUGCACAGUUGGAGGCUAGAGAGGGUUCUGGGUUAGUGAGUGGAGGGGUCCAGUCAGCAACAGGUCCUGGCUCUGUGGCGUUACAGAGCACUCGAGACCAGCGCGGUGAGUCCCCAUCCCUCCGCUGGGACAGGGAAGAGCAGCGAAGGCUCCUGGCAGACACACACUCAACAGCCAUGGACCUGCGCUAUCGCCUGGAGCACAAUGAGAGGGACUGGUUAAAGGAGAAAGCCGAGCUGCUGGAGAGGUUUGACGUUGAGAGGAGGGAGUGGGAGAGCCAGUUGAAAGAUAUGCAGAGGAAAAUAGAAGAGCUGUACUGUGAAGUGAGAGCCAAGCGAGAGGGGACCGGACCGGACAGUGGAAGGCAGGACGAUGAUGAUGUUAUGCAUAGGCUCAGUAUACGUUGCACCAGCACAGGCUCCAGUCUGCUCAGUGAUAACUCCCGCUCUGAGCCGCUCAGCAGCAGCAGUCAGUCAGAACCAAGCAGACAACUACCAUUUCCUGGCUUUGGUCGCAACAGAAACAUCACUGGUGGUGGUUGUAGUGGUGGAGGUAGUGACCAGCCCACGUGCUUCCCAGCUGAAAGCCUCUGUGAAUUUAAUGUUGGUGGUCAGUUUACUCAGAAUGACCAUUCACAACCUGCGCUGGUGGAUGAACUGAGAUCCAGAGGCACUUGGCAGCAGGACUGUGUUGAUGAUAGCAGGGACGCUGUGGAUACAACAGAGCUGGAUGAUAUUUUUCUAGCAGCUCCACAGAAAAGUGCCUCUAAAGGGAAUGAAAACAACUUCCAUGUUAGGCCACAAGAAAGUCCUGUUUGGUCAGAGCUGAGUUAUGGCAGUGACAAGAAGAACACCACUGCACUCAAUGCCGCUCUGAAGGAGAUAGCACGUGUAAGCGAGGAGCUUUGUAGCUACCAGGAUGAGAUCAGGAAGAAGAGCGGAGAUAAGAGGAAUCGAUCUGAAUCCCAGUGCCUAACUGAGGAGGUGAAUGAACCUCUCUGUGACCUCAGCCAGAUCUACGAUGACCUCCGGGCGUUGGAAAGGGAAAACUGGAUCACCUUGUCACCAGAUAACACGGGGCAGGCCAACAGAGCUCCAAGUGAAUCCUGGAGAACAAGUGCUGUUGAGCCGGACAGCUACAGAGACACACAGACAAGCCCUGGAGUACUCUCUGAGAUAGAUGCAGCAGCUCCACCCAUCCCUCCUCGCUCCUCCUCUUGGAAUCUGAACAGCCCUACCCAUCCAGACACAGAACUCCACAUCCCAGAAUCCCCCAUGACGACAGUGAGGAAAUGCCAUAGCCCCUGUGUUCUAGUGGACAAAAAGUGUAGCAGCCCCUCCAUCGUCCGGAAGUUUGGGGCCAUGCUACAAGAAAAUGAAGGAAAAGUUUUAAUAGACGGUGUGGUAGCAUCAUGCUCUGUACCUGCUAACUCUCACUGUAAUAUGGGCUGCUGCCACAGCCGCUGGUCCUGUGAUGCAAGCAAGUUCAGUAACAGUAAGUUGUCUGCAUAUGGGACAGUACAGAAAAGCUUCUCUGAAGUCAACAUACUGAGUCCUGGGAAAGACUUGCGCUCAGAUAACUUAAAUAACCCUGAGCUACAAAUGCCUCCACUCGUCAAAGAAUUAUCUGUAGAUUUGCUCUUGUCCUCUCUGGAAAUACCACCUGCCAGCUCCAAUCUCCAGGGCUCUAGGAGAAACAUAAUGCUGGAACAAAAAACAGCUGAGUUCAAUAGAACUUUGUUUCAAGCUGAGAUGGGCCGUGGUGUAGAGGAACAAGACAGCUUUACUGCAACAGAUGCCUCCUCUCUGGGUUGCCAGCCAGUCCUUACAACAUCAGAAGAGGUUUUACCUCCCAGGGAGACCAAAUUUCAGCCACAUUGCACUGAUGUCACCACUGGUGUUAUGGGUGUGCAUCCCGAAGUCACUCUUUCCACUUCGGAUUCCACAAUUCAGAACCUCGAGGUCCAACCAAGGCGAAUGAGAUGUGGUUUUGAAGGUCAAGAGGUCAGAAUAAAGCAAGAAAUCCCUUGUGACCUUUCACCUGAACAGUCACAGGUUGGACUCAGGGACGCUACCACAAUAACCUCUCUGAGUCCUGCAUGCCGUUCUGAGGUCAAGCACAAAGUUCAAACAGCAGGCAGUCCUUCCAGGAAAACACAACACAAAGCAGCCACAGAGGCUCUUUUUUCUGAGCCUGUCUUGCCUGCAAAUAGCCAGCCAGCUCAGAAUGUGGAGGUUUCCAGCUCUAAGAAUGAGAAUCCACAAGGAGCAAAGCCUCAGCCAGCCAGAGUGGGUGUCUCACUCCAGCAACCGCCUGCAGAGAACAAACAAAGACAGAUGACACAGCCAGGGCACCAGGCACAGCCAAGGCAUGUGUCUGUACCUCCUUCCCAGUCUGACUCCUCCAGACAUGGGCCUCGAAUGAUGAAUGACCAUCCCUGGAAGCCCCUCACUCUGGCUGCAUACCCACGGCCUGAAGGGUCCAGGUCCAACUACGGGGCAGUGGAGAGGAUUCUGAAGAAUUAUGAGAGUGCAGCUCGGGCUCAGCAAAGCCAGAGCCAGCAGAGCGAGACGACUUCAAGUCCUCACCUUAGUGUCAGGCAGGAGGAGAACAUCACAGAACUGGACAUGCUGGACAUGGACCCUCUGCCCUUACCCCCUACUCUGAGACACACACAGACUUCACACACCUCAAGGACACACACCACACAUGCACAGCUCAGCCACACUGCCAUGGGCGUGAAAGAGAUACAGCUUAUAGUGCAGGAUCAAGAAGACUACAGAUGGAGCACGACGGAAAACGAAGAGUCUUGUGUCUCCUCUUCCUCCGUCCAGAAGAACUUCUCGAGGCCUGCCCGUCCAGCCAACCGCCGCCUCCCCUCCCGAUGGGCCAGCCGCUCCCCCACUUCUUCCUCCUCCACCUCUUCGUCUCCCUCUACCACCCCCGUCAUGCCGCCGUCCUUCUCCCUCCAGAAACACACUUCCUCCUUUACCUUCUCACACGCCUUUCACAUAGAGACUGUCAUCAUUUGAUCUCCACCCCACCAUGUGUUUGAACCAACCAGAAGCCUUCAGUGAUAACCUCUGAACUUUCUCUUUACAUCAGUACUGUUGUAUAUAUCAAACCCAGACUGCUUCUCCACGCCCACAGACUCAGAAGUGUACUUUAGUCGUGAGUUCACGAACUCACCUUUAGAAUGUAUAUGGCAUCCAGAGGAGCCUAACUGACCAAGGAGAGCAAGUAAAGGACCUGAAGCAGCUUGAGUUAUUCAGCAGUAUGCUCCUGAUCAACCUGCCAGGCAUCAAGCAUAGCCUCAGAGGACAGUCAGAACAUCACUUUCCAAAGGAACAGUCACAUCCAGUGCGUCAUUCAUUCAUGCCAACCAUCUGAAUGGAUAUCCUUUGCUCAGGUCUAGAUUCUAGCCUUGAAUAGUGUAGCCUUGCAGAUUUACAAACAACAGACUCAUAUUCAAAUCAUCAACAAACUGAGAUGCAGAACGAUGUAUUUAAUAUGUGCUGUGUUUUGUAUUUCAUGUGCAACAUGUUUUGUGUGCUUUUUGCACAGAAUAUGACGUGACGUAUACAAUAUGCAGCAUCAUGUUGGUUUCAGAGAUAAAGGCAGCGGAGAAGAUUUCCCCUGGCAUCACUCUCUGUGUGCUGAUAAAGCAGUGUUGGUUUUCUGCCUUCUUAAAUAUUACCUACAGUACAUGCCUGGACUGUACCUUGCCUGUGACUAAAACAUUUUCCUUUAUUCUCAUGACUGGCUUUAUAUGUUUCAUGAUUAAGCAAAAACAGCAUUUACUUGAUAUCAACAGAUAGAUUAAAAUGUGAGUUCCUUUUUUAUAACUUUGUACCAAAGGCUGGUUUCUUUAUAUGCAUUUUCCUGAUUUGAAAAGUAAAUGCAUUGUUUGUAAAGACAUUUGUGUUGGCUGUCCCAUAGCUGAUGUUUUCUGAUCGAAAUGUAUGUUAAAUGUCACUCAUGAGAGCCUGCUUUUGUGCAUAACAUAAGUAACGCUUAUAAAAAAUACUGAAAAGCCUUUUUUCUACUUUUACUAAUUCUGAAUGGUCACUGAUCAGGACACUCAGCCGAGUAGUAUAGUUUUUUUUUUUUUGGGUCAAAGUGGUGAAUCAUAUCAUGAUGAAA